AUGGAAGUUGCCCCUGUUUUCCUCGCUAUUGUUCUUGAGUAUCUUGCAGCUGAGAAGGAUUUGACAGAGAUGGGGAAGCCAGGCAAAUGGCUUAGAAGUUUCUUGACAGGGAAGAAAGACAAGGAGAAGGAAAAGGGUACAACUAAUCAAAAUUCCUCACCUAGGAUUGAGAAUCCAGCGACUCCAAUUUCGAUCCCACCAAAUACUCCAAAAGAAAAACGAAGAUGGAGUUUUCGCAGAUCAUCAGCCACAGCAGCUUCUUCCAAGGACUCGAAUUCUACAGAACCAAGUGCCACCACACCACCACCUGCAGUGCAGGGUACGUCCUAUUCAGAGAAUGAACAGAAAAUGCACGCGAUGGCUAUGGCAGCGGCUGCUGAUGUAGCUGUGGCUGCUGCACAGGCUGCAGCUGCUGUGAUCCGUCUAACUGCUGCCACCUCUAGGAGAGCCAGCGCAAUCGAAGAGGCUGCUGCCAUAAAAAUUCAAUCAGUCUUUCGAUCUUAUUUGGCAAGAAAAGCAUUGCGUGCAUUAAAAGGCUUAGUGAAGUUGCAGGCACUUGUAAGGGGUCACCGGGUGAGGAAACAAGCAACUGCUACACUCCGGUGCAUGCAGGCAUUGGUGAAUGUACAGACUAGAGCUCGGGCUCAGAGGAUCUGGAUGGCUGAAGACGUAAAUCCCAGCCAGAGGCAAUCAAUCCACAGAAAAUGGACACAGGAGAAUAGGAUUAGGCACACAAAUUAUGAGAUUGAUAGAGGCAUGGAGGAGAACAUCAAGAUUGUGGAGAUGGAUGUUGGAGAAUCAAAGGGAAGCAUAAAGAGCAGAAAUAGCUACUCGCACCAUUCCCAAGAUCGAGCAGAGCAUAGAUUCUCCACACAUUAUGCUUCAAAUCAAGCAUACUCGAAGCAAGAGAACAACCAGGUCUCUCCAGCUCCAUCAGCUCUAACAGAUAUGAGCCCCAGAGCCUGCAGUGGCCAUUUUGAGGACUAUCCCUUCAGCACAGCACAGAGCAGUCCCCAGUACUACUCUGCAGCGUCAAAACCUGAUCCAUCAAGACUUCCAUUUGCCUUUCCAAGACCAGACUACCCAGAAUCUCUGUCCUACGACCACCCAUUAUUUCCAAAUUACAUGGCAAACACAGAAUCUUCAAGGGCCAAAGUUCGGUCACAUAGUGCACCAAAACAAAGGCCAGACUCAUUUGAGAGGCAACCAAGCCGGAGGAGGGCAUCAAUAGAGGGAAGGAACGUCCCAAGGGCAGUGCGGAUGCAGCGGUCGUCUUCCCAUGUUGGAGCCACUGCUCAAAAUUAUCAAUAUCCAUGGUCAAUUAAGCUUGACAGAUCAGCAGUAUCACUUAAAGAUAGUGAGUGCGGAUCCACCAGUACAGUGAUCACAAACACCAAUUACUGCAGAUCUCUAGCUGGAUUUGAAGUUCAUGGAAAUAGCGUUAAGGUGAAGUAA